UUUCUCUGAUUUCGGUAACCUCAACGUUGUCCACGCACAUGUAGUAUUGCUGUGUCCCGCGUGUGUUUAUUCAAAGUUUUGGCGAAAAUAAAUAGACAAACAGAAGUACCGAAGUGAAUUUGAAUCAAAAUGGGCAAAAAGGCCAAAUUAGGAAAGUUCCGGAAGGAUAAGUUUUACAAAUUAGCCAAGGAAACCGGUUUCAGGUCUCGUGCGGCUUUCAAACUUAUCCAGCUCAACAGAAAGUUCGGGUUCCUCCAAGAGAGUCAAGUAUGCAUCGAUUUGUGCGCGGCGCCGGGUGGCUGGAUGCAGGUGGCCAAGCAAAACAUGCCUGUUUCCUCCAUCGUCAUAGGAAUCGAUUUAUAUCCCAUCAAACCAAUUCCCGGAUGCAUUAGCUUAGUUGCCGACAUCACCACUGAUAAGUGCAAAACAAUGCUCAAUCAGGAGCUGAAGACAUGGAAGGCGGAUGUUGUUCUGCACGACGGUGCGCCCAAUGUCGGCAAAAACUGGCUCUACGAUGCCUACCAGCAAAAUUGCCUCACCCUCAACUCGGUGAAAUUGGCUUCGCAGUUCCUGCGAAAGGGCGGCUGGUUCGUGACAAAAGUUUUCCGUUCGAAGGAUUACAAUGCGCUUCUCUGGGUGUUGAAGCAGCUCUUCAAGAAGGUGCACGCCACGAAGCCUAGUGCGUCUCGUAAAGAAUCCGCUGAGAUAUUCGUUGCUUGCCAAGGAUACUUGGCGCCGGAUAAAAUCGAUCCGAAACUGCUGGAUGUAAAGUAUGUGUUUGAGGAGUUGGAUCUUGAUAGCAAAGCGCAGCCCUCUCUCCUACAUCCCGAGAAGCAAAAACGCAUCAAAGCGGAGGGUUACACGGAAAAAGACUUUUCUCAGCGCACCGAACUCUCCGUUACGGAGUUCAUGCAAAGCACGAAUGGACUGUCCGCCCUUCAGGGCAUUUCCAGCCUUAUAAUGGACCACGACGGAGUCCGAAAUCAUCCCAGAACCACCCAAGAAAUCUUGGAAUGCUGCAAAGACAUCAAAGUUCUCGGUCGAAAAGAUAUCAAGGGGUUAUUGCUCUGGUGGAAGCAUAUUCGCGCCGAUCUAUUUGAAAAGCCCCAAGAAAAGGUUGAAGAAGUCGAACCGGAACCUCAGAAAGAACUCACUCAGGAUGACAUCGAAAAUAUGGAGUUCGAGGAGCUCGAGAAGCAAAUUGCUGAACUGGCUGAUGAUGAGGCGCGGGAGUUGAAGAGGAAGCGCAAGAAGAUAUUGAAGGAGCGAGCCAAGCUGAAUGAGAAGAUGAAUCUGAAAAUGGUGAUUAAAGGAGACGAAGGUCCUCGGGAGGAGAUCGAUGAGAUAUUUGAGUUGAAGAAUAUUCGGACGGAGAAGGAGUUGGAUGAUAUCCAGGACGUGUCACCAGACUUUGUUGUGGAAGAGAGUAAAGAUGGUCUUGGUCCUUUGCAGAAGUACAAGAAAUACGACAAGGAUGACAAAAGCCACUUGGACGACGAUGGCAAAUAUGAUGAUCCCAACGCCUCCUCCUCUGACGAUGAUUCCGAUUCAGAUGCAGAUUUGGGCAAGAAGGGAUUAGGCCUAAGUGACGAAGAGGAUGGCGACAAAAGCAAGAGCAAGCAAAAAGAGAAGAAAAAGAAACCCACAGAACAUCCAUUGCUUAAAUCAGGCGAUUUCCGCGAUAAAGACACAAAGCGCAAUCAACGGGCGCAACUUUGGUUUGAGAAGGAGAAGCUUCAAAAUUUGAAUGACGACGAUGAAGACUUUGAUUUGGACCGAUUGGCUGAUGAAUAUAAAACAAAAGGUGUGAAAAUUUUAAGCGAAGGCAAGGGCAAUUCCGAGCCCUCUGUCCCAAUUGGCAAGAAAGCAAAGAGGCGCGCACGACAUGAUAAAGAUGGAUCUGAGUCAUCCAGCGAUGAAUCGAGCUCAGGGGAUGAAUCCGAAGAUGAAACUGAAGCACCUGUUAAAAAAAUCCGUUUGACUGAAGAAGAACUAGCGCUCGGCGCAAUGAUGGUCAAAGGCCGCAAAACCAAGCGUGAUCUUAUCGAUAUGGCAUGGAAUCGAUACACAUUUGACGAUACCAACCUUCCUGUCUGGUUCGUUCAAGAUGAAGAGCAACACAUGCGUAAACCUGUUCCAGUACCCGCCGAACUCUCCGAGGAAUACGAAAAGAAAGUACGUGAACUCAAUGUCCGGCCAAUCAAGAAGGUCAUGGAAGCCAAGGCCCGCAAGAAGCGGCGUGUCGUCAAGCGUAUCAAGAAAGCUAAGAAACAAGCAGAACAGAUUUUGGAAAAUGCUGAUAACUCUGCUCAUGAAAAAGCACGUCAAUUACGGAAAUUGUAUAAGAAGGCUGAAGGUGAUAAGAAGAAGGAAAUAUCGUAUGUUGUUGCUAAGAAACAUUUGGCAUCUAAACGUGUGCGACGACCGCCAGGUGUUAAAGGUCAUUUCAAGGUGGUCGAUCCACGUAUGAAGAAGGAGAAACGGGCACAAAAGUCCCGCGAUCGCAAGAGUAAGAAGAAAGGAAAGGGAAAGGGAAGAAAAUAGUUUAAUAUCUUGUACAGUUAUUUGUUUUUUUUUUUUAAUAAAUAUAGUUCUAAGAA